GUCCUCUGCAACCGGAACCCUCGUUCUUUCGCUAAAGUUCCCCCCGGAAAGGUUAUUUCGUAGUACAUGCUAAACGCUGCUAGCGGAAGAUAAACAGAAACUGUGUUCAACAUGGCAGAGACUCACAGCCUACAGGACAUGAGGCAGCAGGCAGCCAUCGCUGCCAAAGUCUUCCUUCAGAGAGAUUACACCAACGGCACUGUGUGCCAGUUCCAAACCAAGUUCCCCUCUGAGCUGGAGACCAGGAUUGACAAACAGCAGUUUGAGGAGACGGUGCGGACAUUGAAUAACCUGUAUGCUGAAGCGGAGAAGCUGGGAAGCCAGUCGUAUAUUGAAGGCUGCCUGGCCUGCCUGACGGCGUACACCGUCUUCCUGUGUAUGGAGACUCACUAUGAGAAGGUUUUGAAGAAGAUUGCAAAGUACAUUCAGGAGCAGAACGACAAGAUCUACGCACCACGAGGCCUCCUGCUCACCGAUCCCAUCGAGAGAGGCCUGCGAGUCAUUGAGGUCACCAUCUUUGAAGACAGAAGCCUGACCAGAUAAAAGCUGCCACGCAGCUGUUUGGCUGAGCGAAACUACAGAGCCUGCAGCAGCCCAGAAGCAGUGCCCACCUCCCUGAGGACCAGCCAGACCUGCACCCUUAAUACUGCGUCUCUACAAUCUAUCCCUUUUCCACUAACAUUAUGUGCAUGUCCCAGGUUUGAGAUAUCAUACCCGACACUUAUUCAGCUAUUAUUUUAUCCUUAUGUGACAUCCCUUUCCCUACUCAUUAAUCAAGGGUUAAAGUCUGUUUUAUGCUUCUAUUCGACAAGAAAAGGAUAACUAACUUACACAAUGUAUUGACAUUCAAACCGUUAUAUUUUAUUUUAUUUUAUUUAUUUUGGACUUAAAUCAGCUUUUUGGAAUUCCUAACUUUUGUAUAUUUCUUUCCUUUUCUGACACUCCUUUUUGAAUAAUGAAGCCAACACACAGGGUAACAUUUUUAUGAAGGACUAUGGAACUCAACCCACACCCAUGCUUUAAGUGAUUGUCUUGGCAGAACUGAGGAUAUCAUUUAAAUCAAACAGAGAACUCUGGUUAUUAGUGUGAUUUGCUGCAUGUGCCACACCUCACACUUUGUUUGCUUUACUCUUAUUCAUGUAUUCUUGCAAGGGUGCUUGGUAGUUUAUCGUCUCUCCUGCAUGUUUCCUUUGUAGUGUUUGACCUUAAUAUUUAACUGACAACUGAACCUUGUCAGAAUCUAAAACAUUCCAGUCAAACUGUCAGAUUCUAACCUUAAUAUACGUCUUUGAUUUAAGAGAUUAUUUCUGAAAAACCAAAACUCGUGCUCGCUCUGUAUUUAGCAUGUAAUAUUGUUAAAGCUCACUUUUUUUGUAAACUGUGCUAUGCAUAGUGUUUGGUGACUACUGUUGAUUUUUGACUCAUGUCUAAUAAGCAUAUAUAUUGUAACGUUGCCUUUGACCGAAGUAUUAAAAGUGCUCUUGUUAGUUAACAGUGCCUGUAAUGGCUUUGAAUGUUGCCUUUGUUAAAGUCUAAAGGCCCGGUCACACCAGGAAACGAAAAACAUUUCGCAUCAAUUGAAGUUCAUUCCAACUGAAUCGUUAGUGAAAUUAGUGGAAUUACUCGCGGGACAAUCAGAGCAAAUGUUUCACGUUGAGUUCAGCUUUUGUGAAUUUGACCUUCAGAUUUGCAUUGUUGUCAACUAGCAAGCCUCUUGACCAGUGUUGGGCUACUUACUUAACAUUUUUUAUUUAUUACUCAUUACUCUUACCAAUAAUAAUUAGUUACACCACUAGUUAUUACUUUUCUGCUUCUCCCCACAAAAGUAAUAGUGUCCAUUCUCCCCAAAAAUUCAGACUGACUACUAAAAUCUAAUUUUGUUUGUUAAAAUCGAAGUAAUGGAAUAUUUCUAGCUGCUGAUGAAAGAGUAUCUUCUUCUAAACCAGUUUCCUCUUCCACAAUUCCAAAGAUGAAUCUAAGGAUGUGAUUAGAUUGUUGGAUUUUAAAUUAGUAGGGGGUGCCAAAAAAAAGUAAUGUUGUAUUUUUUAGAGGGUAACUGUAAUAUUACUGAAAUGUAUUAGUAAUUAGUCACACUACUUUUCUUAACUGUGCGGACCUUGGAAAGCCAGACAGUCCAAAAUGGUGGAAGCUAAUUGACCACUUAGAGGGAAGACUCCAAUCUCCAGUCACCUGGGCUAGGAGCAGAGUUAGUGGUUAGCUCGCCAGCUAGAGCAGCUCAACAACCAGCUCUGCGGGUAGUCACCGUUUUCUAGAACCACAUCUUUCUUAAAGCCGUGCAGAUUAAUUAGUUUAACUGCAGCACUUUCUGGUGUGACCUGGCCUUAACUGUGAAAUCAGUCUUGGCUUUGUUCACUUAUUGUUAACAAGUGUCCAAAACCUAAGAUUAUGAUACAAUGUUAUUGAAACCUUAACAAAAGGUGGAGUAUGCUGUGGUACAUAUGGCUGGUAAUGUUUAAUUAUGAAAUAGCUACAUGUAUAGUAUAGAUUUUUGAAUGCCAUAGCUAAAAGAGCAACAAUUACCUUCAUUUCUAAUUAUGUAAAUAAAGUUUCAUGGAUCAUUUUUGAUUUAGCUCGUACUUUAUCCAUCUGGAGUUCGGUUAAUUGAACUUUUCUAUGUUUUGGGUUUUUUUUUUUUUUCAGUUGAAAUCCAAUGUUUUAUCAAUUUAAAACUUGUAUGCCAAUAAAUGAAAUGUGUACAUAUUUUAUA